CACAGUGGUACAAUAAUAAUGUUAAAAGGCUAAAGUUCAUACCAAAGAACACCUGCACCAGCUUGAGGGAAGUCUUUGUGGAAAGCAUUUUCAACAUUGGAAACGCCAUGACAGACUCCAACAAGGUGGUCAUCAACUUGGCCCUCUUUGGCUUGACUCAGAGUGGGAAAAGUUCUGCUGGAAACAUUCUUCUGGGAAGCACUGACUUCCAAAGCACCUUUGCUCCAUGUUCUGUGACCAAAAAUUGUCAUCUGGGCCGCAGUUGUCACCUCCGUAGUUUCAUGCGCCGAGGAGGGCAAGAGAUAUCCCUGCAGGUCCAGGUGUUGGACACUCCAGGGUAUCCUCACAGCAAGCUGAGCAAGAAUCACGUGAAACAAGAGGUCAAGGAGGCCCUGAAACAACACUUUGGGCAAGAGGGUCUCCAUCUUGCCCUGCUGGUCCAGCGAGCAGACAUGCCUCUCUGUGAACAGGAGGCAUCUUCCCCGGUCCAGAUGAUCCAGGAACUUCUGGGACAUGCUUGGAAGAAUUAUACUGCCAUCCUUUUCACCCAUGCAGAAAAAAUAGAAGCAGCUGGCUUCAGUGAAGAUGAAUACUUACAAGAAGCCUCUGAUGCACUGCUAACCCUACUAAACUCUAUUCAGCACAGAUACAUUUUCCAGUAUAAAAAAGGAAACUCACUUAAUGAACAAAGAAUAAAUGUCUUAGAAAGAAUCAUGGAAUUUAUAAAAGAAAAUUGUUACCAAGUUCUUACCUUUAAAUAAAAUUUAGAUAAAAAGAAAAAAGCAUUAGGUUUUAAUGUCAGAAAUCUGGUUUCAAAAGUGCCUUUGUGGGAAUGGGCGUGGACCAUGAGAAUCCCAACACCCUGCCAGGGAGGGUGUAUAGUCACAUAACCACUGUGGAAAUGACCCAGAUAUUCAUUAACAGUAGCAUGGAGAAGCAAAGUGUGGAUUUCACACAAUGGAAUGUUACGUGGUAAUGGGAAUGAACAAACUACAACUGCAUGUGACAGUUUCAAUGAAUUGCCCAAACAUAAUGUUGAAAGCAAGAAGCCGAACAUGCUCCAUAAAUGUAACAGACUUCAUUUUCAACAUUUGAGUAUCUUUUCCCUAUCAUCGUCUGUCAUCAACUGGUGUUUUCAUCUUAAAACAUCUAUCCC